AGCUGUCACCUCAACAACCCAACAGCAACCCACAGUGUUUAGGAGCACAGUGAAUAACAGUUAUAGCCUUGCAUGAUGCUUCCGUUUCUGAUGAAGAUGAGAAAUGGUAGUGAUGCUGCUAUCUCUUUACUUACAGAUACAAUGGAACUCUCUGAAGCUCUGUUUGGCUGUCCGUCCUCUGGUUGUUACCCCCAGGGAAGCAAAGUUUUUUGGCCCAGUCAGAAGGCCCAACCGCCUACACAACCCCAGCCCCCAACCUGCUGGCCUGGGCAGCCCAACACCCCCUGCUGGUCUGGUCCUCAACCAACCCAACCAGUCCCAGGUCAAAAUUGGCCCGGAUCUGAACAACAACCCACCCAACCAGCCCCUUCCCAUACCUGCCAGUCAUGCUGGUCAGAACCUCAGCCCCAGCCUCCACAAUACCAGCCCCAGCCUCCACAAUACCAGCCCCAGUCUCCACAAUACCAGCCCCAGUCUCCACAAUACCAGCCCCAGUCUCCACAAUACCAGCCCCAGCCUCCACAAUACCAGCCCCAGCCUUCUCAACCUUCAGCACUGACCCCUGUUCCAGCUUCUUCCCAAGUCCCGAGCCAGCCUAAUGCCCCAAAAUGGCCCGUUACUCAAGGCCUCAACCCAGGCCUCAACCCAAAGCCUAGAUGGCCUUUCAACUCCGGUCAGUCUGGUUGGCCUGGGCAGAACCCAAGCCCCAAACCAAGCGGGUCUGGGUGGCCAUUCAGCCCGUCUCAAGACCCGGGUAGCCAGUCUGCUUGGCCAGGUGGGUUCAAACCUGCUCCUCAGUGGACUCCAACACCGACAGGACAUCUGAAUGUUCCCUACAACCUGAACCUAAAAAGAGGAAUCUACGACAAGAUGAUGAUAACCAUCAUGGGCCAGGUCAAACCAAAUGCAAAGCAGUUUACUGUGAACUUUGAGCGAGGUAACGACAUCGCAUUUCACCUCAACCCUCGGUUCAACGACAAAGGCAAGCAGGUAGUGGUGAGGAACACUAAGGUGGGGGAGUGCUGGGGGAGUGAGGAGAGGAACACUCAAGGAGGCUUCCCUUUCAUGACCGGCCAGUCAUUCGAGAUGAAGAUUCUGAUUACGUUUGAGGAGUUCAAGGUGGCUGUGAACGGGGCUCAGCUGUUUGAGUACAAACACCGCGUCAGAGAACUCAACCAGAUCGAUCGCAUCAGCAUCCUCCAAGAUGUCAUCCUCACCUACGUCAGCGUAGACACAAUACCAUAACACCGAACCAGAUUACAUCACUAUAUUGUAUGUUAUACAACUUCCCCAGCAUUGUCAGCUCAACACAUUAAAUCGUAGCGCCUGUUUCCUAAAAAUGAUGAUGACGAGGAUCAUGACGGUCUUCAUGCUGAUAGUGAGCUGUGCUCAUUCUGGGGUACACACAUAAUGCUACGUUUAUGUCUACUAACUCAUUCUGUGUGCUAACAUUGGAUAGUUUUUGUAGUACAAAAUAAACUGCAUAGUUUUUUUUUACUUUAACAAAAUAGUCCAUACAGUAAUGUAAUGUCCGCACGCAGGUAUAAUAGGCCUACUACUUUAUUUAUUUAAAAAAAUAUAUGGGUUGGAUCACCUGUACCCUAUUCAACUUGUAUUGCUUAAUUGUAACCUAACCCAACAAUUGUUGGAAUAAUUUCCAAGCAAACAUGCUAUACAGUGUUUACCCUGAAUGUAGUCUCCAAUAUGGACCAUUGCCUUAAAAGUAAUUGAAAUUUUUUUUCAAAGUCGUUAUUUCCCCAGAACAUUCUUACGUAAGUUAAAACCCAGAAAGGCCAAUUAAUGGGAUCACCCGUGAGACAGUUUGAAGUCAUUACGUUCUUUUAUAAAUAGCGUCCUGUGAAACUGACGUCGGUGCUGCUGCUAAUGUCUCAUUCACAUGAAAUGAAGCGCUGUUACGUUGCGCCCGAGUGGAAUUUUUCGUUUAAAAACGGACGCUGCACAAUUGGAUUUCUUUAACUACGUUUCUUCCUUUCCGCUACGCCAAAUGUUUUGAUACAUUGAUACUUUUACCCCUUGGUUUAGUUUUUAUUCCAGUGAACGUCUUUGGAGGGUGUGUGCGAGAAAACACCCUCCCUUCACACAUUCUAAUCUAAAUCGCGUAU